UCGCCUGAAUCGGUUGAAAAAUAUUUGGGUGAUGCAGCGAGAUUAAAUAAAAAUUCGACCGAGGAGGAAGUUCAGAAUUGGUUCAAUGGGCUAAUGGGAGUUGUGAGUCCGUUGUGGGGGUCAGUAGCUGCCGGGGAUACACAUAAUAUCCCGUAUCUUGAUGAUUUGAAACCAGAUAUUAGUGUUUCUUCUAAAGAUAUUGUAAAGGGAGGCGCUUAUAUCUUGAAGUACGUUUUCACCGUACUAGAGAUAAAGUGCCAGAAAAAUAUCUCUGGCUUAGCUGACGAAGAUAAGGGACAGCUGUCGGGCUACAUCCGGGUCCAAGUCCAACAGCAACCAUCUCGGCGGUUCUUUGCGGCAUUCCUUUCCGACGGG